UCAGUGAAAUUCAAAUUCUGAACAAGUUAACUUUCUCGGAUUUAGCCGCUUUGGGUUGCAAGAAUAUGAAUAACCAUAAUUUGUAUCAGGCAUUUCUAUUGGCUGCAAGCGUUCUUAUGGUUGUUUCUGAUUCCAGGAAUUCAUUAAGGCUGACUAGGAUCGAUUGCCGCGUUUGUGAAUGCGGCAAGGCUGAUAUUAAAAACUUAACGUGCAGGAUUAAAGCAAUGAGCAGGUCUAGGACGGCGAUUUUUGCUGAAGCUUUUCUGAUGCGUCCUUUCGACGAUGUAUUAGUGCAUAUGCAGAUUUUUAAAAGAAAUAGUGUUAGAUAUUUACCAUUCAUGGUGAAUGUCACAUUUUUUCCCUGCAAAUAUUUCGAAGGAUCUGACAAUACCUUUUAUGCGAAGUUUAUGAUAAAUUGGAUCAACAAAUAUUCAAAUAUAAACCAUUCUUGUCCAUAUUCGGAUCGCAUUUUUGCUGAUAAUCUUGAACCGUUUGCGGAAAAAAUUCCAGUAUUUGCUCCUGCUGGUGACUACCGUUUGGAUUUGCAUUUUUAUCAAAGCAACCUGAAGACUCUGCUCGCAAGCAUUAAUGGUUAUGGAACAAUAACCAUCCGGCCUUUCAUGCAGGGUAUUUAAUAGAGGAAUUGGU